AUGGCGACCGCGCGGUUAGCCUGGGCCCUGCGGGCCACAGCUGCCGGCGGGAGGCUGCUCAGCCCCCGAGGGAAUGCGGGCACCUGGAGGUUGAGUGGGAGCGCUCGGCAGCCAGCAGCGAGGGGCGCGAGCCCCGGCCGUUGGCUCAGCACUGCCUGGGCUCCCGUGCCGUCCACACUAGAGGCGGUCGUGGGCGCGGAUGAUGAAGUCCACUCGCCUGCAGCGGAGGAGUCAUCGUGGACGCCGCUCCCCGCGCCUCCGGUGCCCCCCGAAUCCGCUGAGGCCCCAGGCAGCCGCUCGCUGGUACAGCGGGACAUCCAGGCCUUCUUGAACCAGUGCGGGGCCAGCCCCGGGGAGGCGCGCCACUGGCUCACGCAAUUCCAAACCUGCCACCCCCCGCCAGACAAGCCCUUCGCUGUCAUCGAGGUGGAUGAGGAGGUGCUCAAGGGCCGGCUCAGUGUAUCCAGCCUGGCCUUCGCCUUGGCCUUCCUGCAGCGCAUGGACAUGAAGCCUCUGGUGGUCCUGGGGCUGCCAGCUCCCACGGCUCCCUCAGGCUGUCUUUCCUUCUGGGAGGCCAAGGCACAACUUGCCCAGAGCUGCAAGGUGCUGGUGGAUGCACUGAGGCACAACGCAGCCACCGCUGUUCCUUUUUUUGCGGGCGGAUCGGUGCUGGGCGCAACUGAGCCAGCCCCCCAUGCCAGCUACGGCGGCGUCGUCUCGGUGGAGACCGACCUGCUACAGUGGUGCCUGGAGUCGGGCAGCAUCCCCAUCCUGUGCCCCAUUGGGGAGACAACCGCGCGCCGCUCCGUGCUUCUCGACUCACUGGAGGUGACCGCGGCGCUGGCCAAGGAGCUGCAGCCCACCAAAAUCAUCUUCCUCAAUACCACAGGCGGCCUGCGGGAUAGCAGCCGCAAGGUCCUGAGCAAUGUGAACCUGCCUGCUGAUCUGGACCUGGUGACCAGCGCCGAGUGGGUGAGCACCAAAGAAAGGCAGCAGAUUCAGCUCAUCGUGGACUUGCUCAGCCGCCUGCCCCACCACUCCUCGGCCGCCAUCACCACCGCCAGCACGCUGCUCACUGAGCUCUUCAGCAACAAGGGAUCCGGGACCCUGUUCAAGAACGCAGAGAGGAUGCUGCGAGUGCGCAGCCUGGACAGCCUGGACCAGGGCCGCCUGGUGAACCUAGUCAACACCAGCUUCGGCAAGAAGCUCCGCGACGACUAUUUGGCCUCGCUGCGCCCACGGCUGCACUCUGUCUACGUCUCUGAGGGGUACAACGCUGCAGCCAUUCUGACCACGGAGCCCGUACUGGGGGGCACUCCAUAUCUGGACAAGUUUGUAGUGAGCUCCAGCCGCCAGGGCCAAGGCUCCGGUCAGAUGCUGUGGGAGUGCCUGCGCCAGGACCUGCAGACGCUUUUCUGGCGCUCUCGAGUCACAAACCCCAUCAAUCCUUGGUACUUCAAGCACAGCGAUGGCAGCUUCUCCAACAAGCAGUGGAUCUUUUUCUGGUUUGGCCUGGCUGAUAUCCGAGACUCCUAUGAGCUGGUCAACCACGCCAAGGGGCUGCCGGACUCCUUCUGCAAGCCAGCUUCUGACCCAGGCAGCUGACCCUCACCACCAGCCCUGCAGGCCCUGGGAUAGCCAGGGAAGACCAAAAAACAUGCCUGGAGGUGACACCAGGCAGCCACACGUUUGUUGGCUGAGUGAGCUGCAGACGAAGAAGCAAUCCCCUACUCUACUCUGUCCACGGGGCCAAAGUGGGACAAGCACAGGAAGGAGAAGGGCCCACCCCAAACCUCCACAUGCUCCAAAGCCACAACCAGAUGGCCUUCAAUUUUCAGUCUAGGGAUGGGGGCGGGGGGAGUCUUGCCUUUGAGGCCUAAACUUAAGAGUGGGCCAGUUUCUGUGGCCUCUGUGCUGUGUUCUGAGGCUCCCUAGCCUAAACAUCACCCCGAUCUGCCUGAUAUUCUACCAUGCAUUUUCAUUUUUGGGGGUCUUGUAACUUUUCAGGAGGCCUCAAUUAAAAUGCAAAUACUUGUCUGAGAGUUAGCUCACAUGUGAAAGGAAAUGAGCAGUGUUCCUCUAGGAGCAAAAUCUUGAGGGCUGAGGAACCAGGGGCUCCUAGAAGGAACAGAGGUGCUAAAUGAGAUGGAGGGCCCCCAGGUUGAAUGCUGACACUAUCUCCCUCAAACACAGCCCCCAGAGGGGCUCCCCUAAUCCUAAGUUAGGAAACAUUCUCCAUUCCACAGACCAGACCAAGAGCAACCCCAGCUCCAUUUCAGGUUUGUCCUAGGCCCCACUAGAGGUUAUGUCUCCAUCUUUAUGGGAGCAGAACACCUCAGACUGGCAGAAGUCCAAAGCUGGAGGUUUCAACAUUUUUGACCCCCACGAUGUGCCAAUAGUUGGGACUUUUUUCUGUCAGGAGGUGCAUGAACAAGUAGGGAGAGGGUCAAUUAAGAGACCACCAUGGCACAUGAGGGGCUGUGACAAAACCAAACUCCAACAGCGGCCGCUGUCUUCCCUCAGAAGAGGGAUGGUGUUGAGUACACAUCCGGGCAUGGGCAUUAGACUUGACCUAGAAUCCAGUUCUGUGGCUGGAUUUGCCCUGUGGCUUGAGGCAAGCUGCUUACGUUCUCUGAGCCUCCAUAUCCUCAUCUGUAAAAUGUAAACACCUCAGCCUCACAAUGGACACUUAAUGUUAGUUCUCUCCUUCUAGUUGCGCUCACCAAAGAUUUCUCCAAAAACAGUUGGCACCAAAUGAGGAGGGGAAUAAAAGCUACAAGAGAGAUUGAGGUGAGAGGUCAAAGCAUACACUACAGGGAAAAUUAGGAAAUUCUUGAAAAGAGAGCCAAAGGACGGUGAGAA